AUUAAUCACUUCGUUUCCACUUUCUCCACUAUUUUUCACCUUCUUCCCCCUUUCUUCUCGAAUCUUCUCUCUCAAAAUUCACCUUUUGAUCUUCGUUUCUACACUGUGAACGUGAUGUGAAACUUCAAUCCCUUGUUUUCUCUUUGAGUGGUUCAGUUGUAUCGGGGUGCGGAAUCGGAGUUUGAGCAAAUGAUAUAACAGUUGAAGAAGGGGAUAAUUUAUUAGAGGAUCGGUCGGGUGGACGGACGCCGGCAAUGGAUGUUUCACCGGCGAAGUUUCUAUUUGGAUUCCUAUUUGCUUCUAUAAUACUAUGGAGUAUUUUCGUGUUUGCUUCCCGCAUGUUGGCGUGGAUUCUAAGCCGAGCCAUGGGAGCAUCUGUUUCAUUCCGUGUUGGAGGAUGGAAAUGCUUGAGAGAUAUCGGGGUGAAGUUCAAUAAGGGUGCAGUUGAAAGUGUAUCCAUUGGCGAAAUUAGACUCAGUAUACGGCAAUCCUUGGUCAAGCUUGGGGUUGGUUUUAUAUCCAGGGAUCCAAAACUACAGGUGUUAAUAUGUGAUUUAGAAGUAGUAAUGAGGGCUUCCAAUAAAAUCUCAAAAAAGGCAAAAUCUCGUAAAUCUCGCAAGUCAGGUAGAGGGAAGUGGAUGGUUGUGGCUAAUAUGGCAAGAUUUUUGUCGGUUUCAGUGACUGAGGUUGUUGUGAAGACACCAAAAGCUACUGUUGAGGUCAAAGAGUUGACACUUGAUUUAUCUAAAGAUGGUGGAUCCAAGCCAGAAUUGUUUGUCAAGUUGCUGCUUGCUCCUAUCUUUGUUCACUUUGGUGAAUCACGAGUCAGUUAUGAUCAAUCAUCAAUGCAUGGUGGAUCUUUUCCCUCCAACGAUAGAUUAUUAGCCAUGACGGAAAGGAUCUCUGCUCCUUUCAGUUGUGAAGAAUUUUCUCUCAUGUGUGGUUUUGGCCAUGAUAGGGAAGCAGGAGUGGUUGUUAGGAAUGUGGAGAUUGGCACUGGCGAUGUCUCCAUUAAUUUGAAUGAGGAGCUGUUACUUAAAAGGAAAGGUGAAGAUGCCUUUUCUUCUACAGACGUAGCUAUAAAGGCAGUCAAUGAAUCUGGUACUGCUGAUAAGCCAGUGAAACCCCCAGUUAAUGUGGCUAUUAUGAAAUAUGCAUCAAUUUUCCCUGAAAAGCUUAGCUUCGUGUUACCCAAACUGGAUAUGAAGUUUGUGCACCGUGAAGUGGGUCUUAUGGUUGAAAAUAACAUUAUGGGCAUCCAACUGAAAGGCACAAAAUCCCGAUCCUUUGAAGAUGUUGGAGAAAGUACGCGAGUUGAUGUUCAGAUGGAGUUCAGUGAAAUUCAUCUACUGAAAGAUGGUGACAUAUCAGUUGUGGAGAUAUUAAAACUUGAUGUUGUCUCUUCCGUGUAUAUUCCACUUCAGCCUGCUUCACCCAUCAGAUCAGAAGUUGAUGUCAAGCUUGGAGGUACUCAGUGCAACAUGGUGAUGACUAGAUUACAACCGUGGAUGCGCCUUCAUGCUUUGAGAAAAAAGAAAAUGGUUCUUCGAGGAGAAAGUACUACUUCUGAAAGAUCUCACUCAUAUGAUCAUAAAGCAUUCAUGUGGACCUCAACUAUUUCAGCCCCAGAAAUGACUGUAGUGCUCUAUGAUUUGAAUGGCUCUCCACUCUAUCAUGGUUGUUCACAGUCAUCACAUGUCUUUGCCAAUAAUAUAUCUACUACAGGCACAGUGGUGCACAUGGAGGUUGGUGAAUUUAAUCUGAACAUGUCAGAUGAGUACCGAGAAUGCUUAAAGGAGAGUCUCUUUGGGGUUGAAACAAACAUGGGUUCACUUAUUUAUAUAGCAAAAGUCAGUGUUGACUGGGGAAAGAAAGAUAUGGAUGCACCUGAAGAUGGUCUCAAGUAUAAAACAGUUCUCUCUGUUGAUGUUACCGGGAUGGGUGUUCACUUAACCUUCAGGCGGAUUGGGUCUCUUAUGUCUACAGCUUUGUCUUUCAAGCACUUACUGAAGAGUUUUUCUGGUUCUGUUAAGAAACCUCACAACCGGGUGACAAAAUCGUCCAGGCCAUCUGGGAAAGGGAUUCAGCUCAUCAAAUUCAAUCUAGAAAAAUGCUCUUUUAAUGUUUGUGGAGAAGUGGGUUUGGAAAAUUCUGUUGUUCCAGAUCCCAAACGUGCCAAUUAUGGAUCUCAGGGAGGUCGAAUUGUAGUUAGUGUUUCAGUUGAUGGUACACCUCGCACUGCAACUAUUACACCUACAACUCCAGUUGAACUUACAAAACUCAAGUAUUCUCUGUCCCUUGAUAUUUUCCACCUAACUCUAUCCAUGAACAAGGAGAAACAAUCCACACAAAUGGAGCUUGAAAGAGCGAGAUCAAUCUAUCAAGAACAUUUGGAAGACAGUAACCUCCCUGGAGAAAGAGUUACAUUGCUUGACAUGCAGAAUGCAAAGUUUGUGAGGCGAUCUGGUGGUCUUAAAGAGGUUGCAGUGUGCUCUCUCUUUAGUGCUACUGAUAUAUCAGUCAGAUGGGAGCCUGAUGUGCAUAUAGCUUUGGUUGAACUUGGGCUGCACUUAAAAUUACUUCUGCACAAUCAGAAGCUUCAGGAACUUGCUAAAGGCGACCUUAAAGUAAAUGGGCAGGUAAAUGAGACGUCGAUGGAGUCAGUACCACUGGAGAAAAGCAAGAAAAGAGAAUCCAUCUUUGCUAUUGAUGUGGAAAUGCUUAAUAUAUCUGCAGAAGUUGGGGAUGGUGUUGAGAUGACUGUCCAGGUGCAGUCAAUCUUUUCUGAAAAUGCACGGAUCGGUGUGCUUCUAGAAGGUUUAAUGCUCAACCUUAAUAAUGCAAGAAUAUUUAGAAGUAGCAGAAUGCAAGUCUCUCGUAUUCCAAAUGCUUCUAGAAGUGCACCAACUUCAAAACAUGAGAUAGGCACAACAUGGGAUUGGGUUAUUCAAGCCCUUGAUGUCCACAUAUGCAUGCCAUACAGGUUGGAAUUGCGGGCCAUCGAUGAUUCUGUUGAGGAAAUGCUUCGAGCUUUAAAGCUUGUUACUGCUGCAAAAAUAAAACUUUUGUUUCCCAAUAAGGAAGAGAAAUCAAAAGCUAAAGAGACCAGUUCAUCGAAAAUUGGACGAGUUAGAUUUUGCAUAAAGAAACUCACUGCUGAUAUUGAAGAACAACCUAUACAGGGAUGGCUUGACGAACAUUAUCAGCUGUUGAAGAAGGAGGCUUGUGAAGUAGCUGUCAGAUUAAACUUUAUUGAUAAGCUUAUUUCAAAAGGUGGAAAAUCUCGUGGUGUUGCAGAAAGAAAGGAUUCUUUUGAAGAUUGUAAAGUCCAUUUCAAUGGAGAAGAGAUUGAUGUGGAGGACACUUCAGCCGUUCAGAAACUGCAAGAGGAGAUCUAUAAGCAGUCAUUCAGGUCAUAUUACCAGGCAUGCCAAACUCUUGUGCAAUCACAAGGAUCAGGGGCUUGUAGUGAAGGGUUUCAAGGGGGUUUCAAGCCUAGCACUACCAGGAGUUCUCUCUUUUCGGUUUCUGCUACUGAGUUGGAUGUAAGUUUGACAAGAAUUGAAGGAGGUGAUUCUGGGAUGAUAGAGAUUCUGCAAAAGCUUGAUCCAGUAUGUCGUGCACAUAGCGUCCCAUUUUCACGAUUAUAUGGUAGUAAUAUCAAUUUGCAGACGGGUUCCCUUGUUGUUCGGAUAAGAAAUUAUACAUAUCCACUUCUUGCUGCAACUUCGGGAAGAUGUGAAGGACGUGUUAUACUGGCUCAGCAGGCAACUUGUUUUCAGCCCCAAAUCCACCAAAAUGUAUACAUUGGGAGAUGGAGGAAGGUCCGUUUGCUCCGUUCUGCUAGUGGGACAACUCCACCAAUGAAAACAUACUCUGAUUUGCCCUUACAUUUUCAGAAAGCAGAAAUUUCCUACGGAGUGGGUUUUGAACCAGCUCUUGCUGAUAUUAGCUAUGCUUUCACAGUGGCCAUGCGUAGGGCCAAUUUGAGCAUAAGAAAUCCAAGUCCAGACCCUCCUCCACUGAAAAAAGAAAAGAGCUUGCCAUGGUGGGAUGAAAUGAGAAACUAUAUUCAUGGAAAUACCUCCUUAUAUUUUUCCGAGUCCCAAUGGAAUAUUCUUGCCAGUACUGAUCCUUAUGAAAAGUCUGACAAGCUUCAGAUAAGAUCUGGGUAUAUGGAACUCCAGCAGUCAGAUGGUCGUGUUUAUUGUUUUGCAAAGGACUUCAAGAUUCUACUGAGCAGCUUGGAGAGCUUGUUGAAGAACUCUAAUUUGAAGUGCCCCUCUGGAUUUUCCUCUACUUUCAUAGAGGCCCCGGCCUUUAGUCUUGAAGUGAUAAUGGAGUGGGAAUGUGAUUCUGGAAAUCCUUUAAACCAUUAUUUAUUUGCAUUUCCCAGUGAAGGAGUGCCCCGUGAAAAAGUUUAUGACCCGUUUAGAUCAACUUCUCUGUCACUAAGGUGGAAUCUUCUGCUUAGGCCAUCUCUUCCUAUGCAUGAUAAUCAGUCAAACUUAUGUUCUGUGGGUGAUCAAAGUGUCUUGGAUGCAGCUGGCUGUGGUGCAAUGAAGCCUGACAGCUUGUCAGUUUUCCCAACACUGAAACUUGGUCCUCAUGAUUUGGCAUGGGUACUGAAAUUUUGGAGCUUAAAUUAUUAUCCGCCUCACAAAUUGCGGUCUUUUUCUAGGUGGCCACGUUUCGGAAUUCCAAGAUUUCCUAGAUCUGGCAACCUGUCAUUAGAUAAGGUGAUGACAGAAUUUAUGUUCAGAGUUGAUGCAACACCAGCAUGCGUAAAGCAUAUGCCUUUAGACGAUGAUGACCCAGCUAAGGGGCUGACAUUUUCUAUGAAUAAGUUAAAAUAUGAACUUUAUUAUGGCAGGGGAAAGCAAAAAUACACUUUUGAGAGCAAACGUGACACUCUUGAUCUUGUAUACCAGGGUCUUGACCUCCACAUGCCUAAGGCAUUUAUAAAUAGAGAUGAUAAUAGCAGUGUUGCAAAAGUAGUUAACAUGACUAGGAAAACAUCACAAUCUGCAUCAACAGAAAGGUCUUCUAAUGACAGCAGCACGGAGAGACAGCGUGAUGAUGGUUUUCUUUUAUCAUCUGAUUACUUCACAAUCAGGAGGCAAGCCCCAAAAGCUGAUCCAGAUAGGUUGUUGGCGUGGCAAGAAGCUGGUAGGAGAAAUCUCGAGAUGACAUAUGUGAGAUCUGAGUUUGAAAAUGGGAGUGAAAGUGAUGACCAUACAAGAUCUGACCCAAGUGAUGAUGAUGGGUAUAAUGUCGUGAUCGCUGAUAAUUGUCAGCGAAUCUUUGUCUAUGGUCUUAAGCUUUUGUGGACACUUGAGAAUAGGGAUGCAGUUUGGUCCUGGGUAGGUGGAAUAUCUAAAGCUUUUGAAUCUCCAAAACCAUCUCCUUCUAGGCAAUAUGCCCAAAGAAAGUUGCUGGAGGAUAGUGAGGUAAUUGAUAGAACUGAACUACCUCAAGAUGAUAACCAGAAGUCUCCAGUUAGUCAUGGUGCCAGUUCCUCUUCUCCACAACAUGUCAGGCCAUCAAAAGCACAAGUAGAAGCACCUUCAUCAAGUGAAGUUAAAGUAGAAACUCUUCCAUCUACUUCCUUUGCAAAGCUUGCCGACAUCGAAGACAAUGAGGGGGAGGGCACUCGCCAUUUCAUGGUCAAUGUCAUUGAACCACAAUUCAAUCUUCACUCAGAAGAUGCAAAUGGUAGAUUUCUGUUGGCGGCUGUGAGUGGCCGUGUGUUGGCUCGUUCAUUCCAUUCAGUUCUAUCCAUUGGCUAUGAAGUGAUUAAACAAGCUCUGGGUGGAGGAAAUGUUCCAAUUCGUGAAUCUCAACCUGAAAUGACAUGGAACCGCAUGGAGUACUCUGUGAUGUUAGAACAUGUACAGGCACAUGUUGCCCCAACUGACGUAGAUCCAGGGGCUGGACUGCAGUGGCUUCCUAAAAUUCGAAGAAGCUCACCAAAAGUGAAGCGCACUGGAGCUUUACUGGAGAGAGUUUUUAUGCCUUGUGAUAUGUAUUUCCGCUAUACUAGGCAUAAAGGUGGAACAGCCGACUUGAAGGUGAAACCUUUGAAGGAGCUUUCAUUCAAUUCACAUAACAUAACAGCAACAAUGACAUCUCGCCAGUUCCAAGUUAUGCUAGAUGUCUUGACCAAUCUUCUAUUUGCCCGGCUUCCAAAGCCUCGAAAAGUUAGUCUGUCGUAUCCGGCAGGUGACGAUGAAGAUGUUGAAGAGGAGGCUGACGAAGUUGUGCCUGAUGGUGUUGAAGAGGUAGAGCUGGCAAGAGUGAAUCUAGAGCAGAAAGAAAGAGUGCAGAAGUUGAUCCAGGAUGAUAUUAGGAAGUUAUCUCUUUAUAAUGAUGCAUCUGGCGAUAGGAACUCGGUAAAGGAAGACGAUCUUUGGAUUAUUACUGGUGGAAGGUCCAUAUUGGUGCAAAAACUGAAGAUAGAGCUGGUAAAUGCUCAAAAAUCUAGAAAAGCGGCUUCUGCUUCUCUCAGGAUGGCUCUACAGAAAGCUGCACAACUUCGAUUGAUGGAGAAAGAAAAGAACAAAAGUCCUUCUUGUGCUAUGCGUAUCUCUUUGCAAAUUAAUAAAGUGGUUUGGAGCAUGCUUGUGGAUGGUAAAUCAUUUGCUGAAGCUGAGAUAAAUGACAUGAUAUAUGAUUUUGACCGUGACUACAAAGAUGUUGGUGUUGCUAAGUUCACGACGAAGUACUUUGUUGUGAGAAACUGCUUACCAAAUGCCAAGUCUGAUAUGCUUCUAUCCGCAUGGAACGCUCCUGCUGAAUGGGGAAAAAAAGUGAUGCUUCGCGUGGAUGCUAAGCAGGGAGCUCCAAAAGAUGGAAACUAUCCUCUAGAACUAUUCCAGGUGGAGAUUUACCCCUUAAAGAUACAUUUGACUGAGACGAUGUAUAGAAUGAUGUGGGAGUACUUUUUUCCAGAAGAAGAACAAGACUCCCAGCGCAGGCAGGAAGUUUGGAAGUUUUCCACUACUGCUGGUUCCAGGCGUGCACGGAAAGGCGCAUCAAUACAGGAAGCACCAAUGUCAAGUACCCAUCUAACAAAAGAUCCUCAGGUCUCCACCAAAUCAAGCAAUUCUGCAUUACCAGUUACAUCGGCAAAUCAGUUAUCCUCUUCUGCUGAUUCCUCCCAAGUGUCAAAGUUGCAGAACUUAAAAGCUAAUAUUGUUUGUGGUUCAACCCCUGAGCUAAGACGAACAUCAUCCUUUGAUAGAAUAUUGGAAGAAAAGGUAGCUGAAUCUGUUGCUGAUGAACUUAUGCUGCAGAUGCACUCCUCAAGUGCUACUUCUUCAACAAGUGGGCCCUUUGCUGGUAUUGAGCAGCCAGAUGAAGGUAACAGAAACAAAUCCAAAGAAUCAAAACUAAUCAAAUCUGGCCGCUCCUCUCAUGAAGAGAAAAAGGUGGGUAAGGCGCAGGAUGAGAAAAAAUCUAGGCCUCGUAGAAUGAGAGAAUUUCACAAUAUCAAGAUUAGCCAGGUUGAGUUACUUGUUACAUAUGAAGGAUUAAGAUUUGCUGUGAGUGAUUUGAGAUUGCUGAUGGAUACAUUCCAUCGUGUUGAAUUUACGGGAACCUGGCGGAGGCUAUUCUCAAGAGUCAAGAAGCACAUCAUCUGGGGAGUCCUAAAAUCCGUGACAGGAAUGCAGGGAAAGAAGUUUAAAGAUAAAGCACAUAGUCAUAAGGAAACUUGUGCUCCUGGCGUUCCUGAUAUUGAUCUUAAUCUCAGUGAUAGUGAUGGUGGUUCAGCUGGAAAAUCCGAGCAAAAUCCUUUAUCCUGGCCUAAGCGUCCCGCUGAGGGUGCAGGUGAUGGUUUUGUCACCUCUAUAAAAGGCCUUUUCAAUUCACAGCGUCGGAAGGCCAAGGCUUUCGUGCUUCGAACAAUGAGGGGUGAAGCAGAAAAUGAGAUUACUGGUGAUUGGAGUGAAAGUGAGGGAGAUUUCUCUCCAUUUGCUAGACAACUAACCAUAACAAAAGCCAAGAAGCUGAUUAGACGGCAUACGAAGAAGUUCCGUUCAAGAGGACCAAAAGGUUUAUCUUCUCAACAAAGAGAAUCACUUCCUUCGUCACCAAGAGAGACCACCCCAUUUGAAAGUGAUUCAUCUAGUGAAUCUUCGCCUUAUGAGGAUUUCCACGAGUAGAUGAGCUUGAAGACAUCGAAACGACGUGUGUUAUGGGAUCCAAAAUGGACCGGAGCAAUCCUUGGUCAUAUAUAAUAGUCCGGUAUGAUAGCAAUUCCAAUUGAUUAGGAUUUGGUGACAUCCUUGUCUCCUACUUAGACAGUAUGAGAUGCUCUUCCAAAAUCCUUUGGCAAGAAUUGCAAGAAAAUGCUGAAAGAAGUCUACAAUUAAUAACAUUUCAUUGCCUUCUUAGAGCUCUGGACUUAUCCUGGAAAUCGAGCAAAGGUGAGUCCCUGUUGUUGCAGUCAAUUCUUUUCUUCUUUAUCCUUGUAUUUAUUGUAUUACCCACUACAAACAACAUUAGGACUUGUAAAAGUCCAUAAUUUUUGUAACUACAUAUCUAUCUUUAGCGAGAGAGAAAAGGUUUAUAGUUUCUACUACAUGUACAGUAGACACAGAGUAGAAUUAGAAUGUGUUCCCUGAAAAAGAAAAAUCUGGAUUGUAACAGUGAGGAGAUAAAAUGGAAAGGGAAGUCCCAACACUUCAGUCUCAUUAUCAAAAGUAAAAAAACAGUGCAUUAUUUCUA